UGAAUUCAGUUGUAGUAUUUAGGUUUGUAUAGACAUAUAACCUCUAACGUGUAUUUGAUUAUAUUUUGUUAAGCGCAAGAAGUGAAGCAAAAUUCAAACAUAAGUUUAUGUUUUGAUUUAUUAAAUUUAUUAUUUUUAUCAAACAAUUGUUAAGUUCGUAUUACUUGCAACAAUAUAAAUAUAGGACAAAUUGUGUAUAUACUUGUGUACACAAUCUAGCAGAAGGAAGCAAAAAUGCUUACAGAUGUAAAUAAAUAAAUCAGAAAUUAAGUAAUUAUAAAAUAACUAAAAAUCCAUUAUCAUACACGCAUACACGUAUGUUGUGAAGCAAUUAUUACGUAUCACUGUAUCAUUAUGAGUGAGAGUGCAGAAACGCAAAGUAAGGAUAGUGCGGUGUCUGUGAUAACUGAGCAGGAACGUGAAUUGGCUCAAAAUGCAUUGUUGGAAUUUCAAAAAGGCUCCUAUGCAUCAUGUUUGUUAUAUUUAAAUAAAUUGGAGAGUCUUCGCCCAUGGAUCUGAAGGUUACGCAUAACAAAGUUGUUGUGGAAUAUUAUAAAAGUGAUCUGAAGAAAACUGAAUUGAUGCAAAAGAGCUUGAAUGCAAUAUGCGGUCAAAUAUCAACGAUGGAUUCUAGUGAGGCUAUUGACGAUGUCGAGAAAUGCAUCAUGAGGUACAACCAAGCUGUCCUGCUGUAUCAUACUAAGCAAUAUAACACUGCUCUUCGAGUGAUGAAUAAAUUUUUUGCCUUCAUCGAGCCGAUGGAUAAAUGUUGGGAAUGAGGAGGAUUGUGAAAACUAGGAACUGCUAUCUUCAAUAUUGCUGGACUAACGUUAUUUUCGUCAUUCGACAUGCGAUAUCCGAUAUUCAUGAUAACAAUAACAAU